ACACACACAUUUAAGAUAACAUAUCAAAAAUAUAUUAUAUUUAUUUAUAACAAUUUAAGAAAUUUGUAAUAUUUAUUCAUUCAAACUUAAAAAAUGGUUAUGUCUUAAAAAUGAGUGAAAAUAAAGAAGAAAUUCGAUACAUUUUGAAAUUUUAUUAUAAAAAAGGGAAGAAUGCGACACAGGCUGCUAAAAGAAUUUGUGAUGUUUAUGGACAUGAUGCAGUAUCAGUACGUGUUGCACAAAGCUGGUUCAAGCGUUUUCAAUCUGGAAAUGUUGAUGUCAAAGAUGCACCUCGUUCUGGUCGACCAAUCACUGAAAAAGUCGAUGAAAUCUUGGAAAAAGUUGAGCAAGAUCGACACAUUAGUAGUCAUGAUAUCGGUAAAGAAUUAAACAUCGACCAUAAAACAGUUUUAAACCAUUUGGAGAAGGCUGGAUACAAGAAAAAACUCGAUGUUUGGGUGCCAUACAAUUUAACAAUUAAAAAUUUAAUGGAUCGAAUUUUCAUCUGUGAAUCAUUACUAAAACGGAACGAAAUCGAACCAUUUUUAAAACGACUCAUUACAGGCGAUGAAAAAUGGAUUACUUUGCAACAAAGUGAAUCUUCGAAAACGGUGAUAAAAUCAGAAUUUACGUCAAGUAAAGUAAUGCUGUGUGUGUGGUGGGAUUGGAAAGAUAAAGUACAUCAAGCAAUCGAGAUAAAACGACCAGAAUUGAUCAAUAGUGAAGGCAUUGUCUUCCAUCACGACAAUGCCAGAUCCUACACAUCUUUGGAGACUCAUCAAAAAUUGAGAGGUCUUGGUUGGGAAGUUUUGAUGCAUCCACCAUAUAGUCCAGACCUAGCUCCAUCAGACUACCAUUUGUUUCGUCCUUUGCAGAGCUCUCUUAAUGGUGUAAAGUUGACUUCAAAGGAAGCUUGUGAAAAUCAGUUGUUGCAGUUUUUCGCCCAAAAAUCACAACAGUUCUACACUGAUGGGAUUAUGAUUUUACCUCAAAAAUGGCAAAAAGUGAUCGAUCAAAACGGCAUAUAUUUGGUUUAAUAAACCCUGACUAACCUUACUCGCGAGUCCUCUAACGAAACCAGGACGAAAUACAAAAUGUAGCCUGACCGCCAUCUAUCACCAUUUGGGGAUUUAUAGAUCUACUGAUUCAAUGGAGAUGUGUUUGAAGCAUGUUUUGGAAUAUAUAUGUAGCAACUACGGAAGCUGGUGCUGAUAUAGAGGAGAACAAUCGAUUAAUCUUUAUAAAAUAUUCGUCACUUUUUCAUUCUGACACAAUUCUAACGACAUUUUUUUAAUAUGGGUCUAGAAGAUAUGCGUGUUACUACUAGUGAACUAAUAUACUAGUUAUAUAUUCAAUUACUGAUAACUAAUAUUACCAGUAUAAUAUGCUAUAUAACCAGUAUAUAAUGCUAUAUACGCUAUAAGAAGUGUAACAAACUGUGCAAAUAUUCUAAGAGUAGGUUUAAGAAUUAUGUGUGUUUGAACAUAGAGCUUAAAGUAAAUCGAAGUUAAUAUUGACGCAAGCUCUCGUAUCCAAUUAACGCGUUCAAAUAAUCAUUUUGAGGACCAAUCAACGUGCUCUGAUGGUCACGUUUUAACGACGAAUCACAAAGCUCAUACGAGUGCAGUUCUACUAUCUUAAUAAAACGUCUAAGGACAAA